AGAUGGACAAUGCGGUUCUUUUACAUUCAGAAUCCUUAUGUUUCCGGUGAAAGGGGAUGAUAUUUGGGUGUAAAAUACACCUGCACAUGCGAUAUCGCAGGUUACUGUCGCGCUUAUAUAUUCGCCGCUGGCCAGAGUUGGCCACGCGGCAACUGCCCUCACAAUAUGUUAUUAAGUAUAAUUGUUAUAACUGGAUUUACCGGCAUCCAAGCCGCGCCUGUGAAUUUAAUCAUUAUUACCAUUGGUGAUAAUCCGUCGUAUGGGUAUUAUGCCGCGGCACCGUAUUUUGACGGCGCACUGCACGUGGCGGAGGAGCGCUAUCCCCGCGUUUUCAGCAACUACUCCAAGCAGAUCUUCCACAAACCCGGUCUUCCGGCGUGUCCCGAUGCGGCGGCGGAAAUGUUCGCGGUGACGGGCGAGAUUUAUGAUGCCGUUAUGAGGACCGAUGGCUUCACUAUGCUUCUCUCGCCAGGUUGCAGUCCGGAACUGAUGCCGCUCGGGGAUCUGGCACGAGAAAUUGAUGUCCCUCUUUUGGCAAGCACAUCAGCCGAUCCCAUGUUCGCCAACCGGAAACGCUAUCCUACCAUGUUGACCUUUGGCGCGGUGGGGCAGGGGGCGCACGCGGCGGCGGCGCGAGCGUUCCUCAGGUACUACAGAUGGAAGACACUGACGUUGUUCUGCGAUGAUCUGCUGAAAUACACCAGUAUCGCGGCGUUCUUGUCGGCCAACUGUCGCGCCAUGAAGACGCUGUUUUCGGUCCCCGGCGAAUUCGAGUUCUACAUGGAGAGCUACGAUUCCAGAUCGAAUCCCGACUACGAAGCACGUUUGCGAAGAGCCCGAUCACAAAGCCGAGUGAUAAUUCUGUUGACCCGCGCAGAUGAAUUGCGAAAAAUAAUGAUAACAGCCCACAAACUUGGAAUGGCGAAGGACGAAUUUGUGUUCCUUCACACAAUUCCGAUACAAGGCCCAGAAUAUCUGCCCUUGACAAUCGAUACCGGCGCUCCUGACGAUGACAUUGUCUUCCAAGCUUACAAACAUCUGGUUACGAUGAGUUUCCACCUGCCUGACUAUAACAAAUUGUCCCCGUUUAUCGAGACGGUGGCCCGGGAUGCAGAGCGCAACUACUCCCAUCCCUACAGCCUGGAUGAGAAAAACAAUGAAAUAACGUUGGCGAUACCGGAACUGAUCUAUGCUAUUGGAACGGUGCUCAGUGAAUCAGCGCUUCCAGUGGACCGAAUGACUACCAAACACUUUCGACAAGCGUUUCUCAACAAGAGUUUUGAAACCGGUAUCCGGCGCUUAAUGAUCGGCUCGGAUGGGAUGCGGAUGUCCAAUACAAUUUAUUCGCGUCUAAACACCACGACCCGACAAUUUGAGCCGGCUUGGUAUUACGACUUUCCAUCGAAAAUCAUCAGCAAGACAUCGAUCCUGGCGGAUGAAUGGAACGGUGUCUAUGCAGCACCGGCUAACGAGCCCACCUGUGGAUACCGGCACGACCGGUGCCAGUCAGAACAAAACGACAUGCGAAGCAUCAUUAUUGGUUGCAUCUGCGGGAUCCUAAUUGUGUGUGCAGCUGGAUUCGGUUAUGUCUUCGGUUUUGUACUUCGUCGCGGACCAAUCGACUUAAGCAAUUGGUGGCAUUUGGAAGGCGAAGCUCUGCAAUUUCCCUUUUCAAAAAACAUCAGUACAACAAGAAAAGAAGACAGUUUGAUACCAAAAUACGAUUCCGUAAUAUCCAUGGCGAAACUGGGAGGGGAAAUCGUUUGGAUGCGCAGCGAACCAGUUUUCAUAACACAAAAUGAUUUACUAGCUAAUCAUCCCUUACGAGUUCAUCUUGCUCAGUUGCGCUUACUGCGCCACGAUAAUGUCGGACAUUUUGUGGGCCUCCAUCUUGCCAAGCAGAAGCUGUCCAUCGUGUGGGAAGCCGGUCGGAGGACAAUGCGGAGUUUAUUCUCCAGUGAAACUAUAGUAUCGGACGCAGCUGUCCAACUGUUCUUUAUUUUCAACGUCCUUACGGGUUUGGCUUAUAUCCAUGAUGCAUCAUCAGCGUUCUUCCAUGGAAGCCUAUCUAGCUUAUGCGUUGUGCUGGAUAGUCGUUUCACUGCCAAGUUAGUCGAUGUCGCUUCCAUCGUCGUAAUGCAAUCGGUAUCCAAGAGCAGCCGGCUCUCCAAAACCGAUGUCCUAAUGCCACCGGAAAAUGAUAAUCCCGAAUUUUGUGGCUCAAAGGAAGCCGAUUUGUACGCAUUGGGCGUGCUUCUCAUCGAGAUUUGCAAUGGAGUUAAAGCAACGCCCGAUGAUCUACUGAAAUUUAACACAGCAAGGCUUUUCUAAGUCCCCUUUCCAAGACCAGCUCGGAAAGGUCAUCAGUGAAUGCUGUUUACUGAACGCGCGAUCGCGACCGACCCUGAAGGCGGUUAUGGCAAAGCUGGGAAAAUAUCGACCGGGUGGCACAAUUGUUAGCAGCCUGCUGAACC